ACUCUGCAUACACGCAGCUCCAGCCGACACAGAAGCACUCACUCACCCCGAGAUAGGAGCGCGUCUUCGGGCUGACACCGAGGGGACAAGUCAGGGGACAGCGGGACACAGCGGGACACACCGGGACUCAGCGGCAUUGGACUUCGGAUGCACUGCACAGACUCAGAUCAGAUUAGCGGAACAGGCUCUUUACUGAAUCGUUAAACUCUUUCAAGCGACACUUCUGCAGAGACAUUUAAGUUCUCAUCAGUUUUGACAGGUGGUGUCAUGUCUGUGCAGAGGCUGGAGCAGUUCAGAGAGCGCAUCCGCCAAGAGCUGGACCGAACUGUGGACUUCUGGGUCAAGCACUCCCAUGAUCCUGAACACGGUGGUUUCUUCACGUGUCUGAGCAGAGAUGGCCGGGUGUAUGAUGAGCUCAAGUACGUGUGGCUCCAGGGUCGGCAGGUCUGGAUGUACUGUCGCUUGUACCGGACUGUACCACGCUUUCACACGGAGGAGAUCCUGGAGGCUGCCAAAGCAGGUGGAGCAUUCCUCAGAAAGCAUGCUCGUGUGGGGGGCAGCAGUGGUCUGUGGAAGUGUGCCUUCUGUCUGACCAGAGAUGGGAGAGCUGUGAAGAUCCAGAGAACCAUUUUCAGCGAAUGCUUCUAUGUCUUGGGCCUGGAUGAACUGAGCAGGGUCACAGGAGACAGGGACAUGCAGGUUGAGGCUGAGCAGAUGAUGGAGAAGGUGGUGCACUGGGUGCAGGAGGACCCCUCAGGCCUGGGUCGCCCUCAACUCCCUGGGGACACUCCGUCCAGCAGCAUGGCCGUGCCCAUGAUGCUGUUGUGUCUGGUGCAGCAGCUGAGCGAGGGCCGGGGCCCCCCGACGGCCCUCAAGUACCAGAGAGUGGGCCAAUGGUGUGUGCAGCAGAUAUUAAUGCAUCUACAGAGAGGAGGGAUGGCCGUGCUGGAGAACGUGUCUGUGGAUGGGGCCGAGCUGCAGGGCUGUCAAGGCCGACUGCAGAAUCCAGGACAUGCUCUAGAGGCUGGCUGGUUCCUGCUGCAGUACACCUCACAGUGGGGGCUCCAGGACCUCCAGGACACGGCCAUCAGAAGCUUCAUUGAGGGGCCCUUCCACAGCGGCUGGGACCCGGACCAUGGGGGCCUGUUCUACUUCAGGGACGUGGACGGUCACUGCCCCACACAGUUGGAGUGGAGUAUGAAAUUGUGGUGGCCGCACUGUGAGGCCCUGGUGGCCUUCCUUAUGGCAUAUGCACACACCCGGCGCCCGGAGCUGCUGGAGUGCUUCUCCCAGGUCUAUGACUACACCUUUAAACAUUUCCCAGACGCUCAGAGUGGAGAGUGGUUUGGGUACCUCACUCAGGAGGGCAAGGUGGUUCUGGACUUUAAAGGAGGACCCUUUAAAGGGUUCUUCCAUGUGCCACGCUGUCUCCUCAUGUGCGAGAACAUGUUGGACCAGAUCCUGGGUCGAGACCAGGACCAGGUCCCAGACCAGGACCAAGUGAAGAGCCAGAACUAAGAUCAGGACUAAGGUCAGAACCAGGCCUAAGACCAGGACUAAGAUCAGAACAAGACCUAAGACCAGGACUAAGAUCAGAACCAGACCUAAGACCAGGACUAAAAUCAGAACUAGGACUAAGAUCAGAACCAGGACUAAGACCAGGACUAAGAUCAGAACCAGACCUAAGACCAGGACUAAGAUCAGAACGAGAUCUGCUCUCUCUUUUAUAAUGGCCAACAUUACAUGAUAUUUUAUAUAAUUAAAUAAUGAUUAUAAUGUUAUGUAAAUAAAUAAAAGAAUGACCAGC